CCCCGCAAUUAUUAUCCACCUUCCUGCCGUUUUUCCUUUUGACCCAUUUUCUCAUCGCCCACCGAAAGCCCCUCUGUUCAUCGUCAAUGGCGACCUCGUCGACGCUCCCUUCCUUGGCCUUAGCGCUCGCUCUCCUCGCGGUCACCGCCACCGCCCGCCCUUGCAAGACCCUCUACUUCUUCUCCUCCACCUCUUUCUACCCGACCACCACCACCACCGUCUCCGAAUCCUCUAACCUUUACCCUCAAUUCCGUCCCCAAAACCCUAGAUCGCUCACCUUCCUUUUCACCUCAGCCCGUAUUCCAGUUGAAGACUGGAAAUUUGUUCCCUCAAGGACCUCCUUCGUCUUCCGCGAUCCCUUCAGCGGCGUUGAGGAACAGGUCGAUGAAGCGGGGGCCGAAGAUGUACCCAAGCGGUUUUCUUCAUCGGCUUCGAUUAUCCCCUCUGAUUUGUAUUCCUCCGUGAGCAGCUCGAUUCGUGACAGGACCAAGGAUAUCAUGAGCGUUGUCGGUGCGUUGCUAUUCGGUGUAGGCUGCGGAGCGUUGACAGCCGCUACCAUGUACCUGAUCUGGUCCCUCUUCUGGCCCCACGGUUUCGAUUUUGAGGAUUCGGAUGAUGAGUUCGACGAUGACGACAUUGCAGCACAGAAGAGGGCGGGAUACAUUGCAAUUCCGGCUAAGGUUGUUGAUGAUGACCUGAAAAAGCCUGCUCCGCCCACCAAGGAGGUGGUUUGAGAGCGAGUCUGUAACUUGUAAGUUUAUGGUGAUCUUGACGACCUUCAUAAUGAUAUGUAUGUUGACCUAUAUUUGCAUAUGAAUGGCAUAUAUGACUACUUUUGUUAUUGUAUCAUCUUCUUCAUGGUUAAAAUCAAAUCGUACUUUGAUAUUCAUUCUAGAUUGUUUUGGUAAUCGAAGCUAUACAUUAAUACGGAGUACAUGCUUAGGUAAGACAUAUCAUCUAUUUUCUUAUUGAAAGCUAAACAUAUAUGUAUGCAAGUAUGUCAGUUGGAGUGUAAUGUCUCCUGGGAACCUCGUCCUAUGAUUUUGUAAUGCAGAAGAAGCUAUCCUGGAGACAUUACUUAUGACUUGGUGGUAUCUUUAUUUGUUUGAAUUGAUAUUAUCAGCCAUUGGCAUAAUCAUCACAUCAACCUUAGUGGGAAUCGCAAGGUAUACCUCCUGCAGGGAUAAAAUUGUUCCGCAAUAAAUUUGAAUAUUAUGUCAUUACCUAGACGAUUAGAUAUAGGAUAAGUCAUAGUCACACUAAGUAUACCACAACCUUUUGCUAGAACCAGUGUCUGCUUUGUGUGUAUAUACAUAUGAUCAGUAAUUGGUGGAGAAGAAUAAAGAAUUUAAUGUCGGGAUGGCUUUGCACAUAUCAAGUGGGAAGCAUCUGUGACGGGGUGAUUCCCACGCUCCCAUGUUUGGCAUGCAAGCUGGAAUUUCCCUUGUAAUUUCCAAUAACUCACUCAAAUUGAUUGGUCCUCACUCCUCAGUCAGGUGUUGAGUCAAAGAUCUUAGGUUCGAGGUGGUUGAGUCCAAGGUUUUAGGUUCUGAAACCCUGUAGUGGCGGUGUGAGAGUGUCGUCAAAUAUGGCAGCUCCUUGUAUGCAUCAUGUUCUAGGCAGCCUUUCUGGGAAGUUUCUAUGAGAUUAAACAAUCAUUUACGGGUCUGCCAUUCUAUCAGGCUGUGGGGGAGUGUGGAUUCCAUCUUAAUGAAUUAAGACAUUCUAUCAGCUUCUUGUCAAUUAAUGAAUUAUUAGCUUCUAUUAAAAGUGACAACAAAAAGGCUUUACAAAUAUAUCUAAAGUUAAAUGCAUAUUUCUGUUUGUAAUGUGGAUAUAUAGUCGUAUCAUUGGUUCUGAGUUUCAUUAUUUGAGGUUAUAGUUGGUAAAUCUCAGACCCGCUCUAGGAAACUGUUUGAUAGAAAAGGUUAUUGACGUCUUCAACCAAUGGAAAUGGAUUCAUUCUUAUAUAUGUAUCAUAUGAAAUUGACCUAUC